CAACGUACACUUCGGGUUUUCGCGCGUGAUGGGGAAGGCGUUGCUGAUUGCGAUGCCGUUCAAGGCGGCCGAAACACCGGCCGAGAGUAGCCGGACGGAGUAUCAAAAGGAAAAAUCCCCCCUCCCCAUAUCGAAAACGAAACUUGUGAUGCUGUAUUUGAGUACACAAAUCAAAUCUGUGUUGCAGUAGAGCACUGGACGCAGAUGGCAAGCCUAGGCUGGGGCCGUUUGGUGUAGGCGCCUAGCAUGGUAGACGGCUGCCCUGUAGGCCCUACAGCAUUACAAACCUCCUGCAUAACGUGCCGGACAGCCUGAACGUGCCUUCUUGCAAGACAGACGCGAUUUGUGGUCGCAAAUCUGCAUCGCAAAUUUUUUGAUUGCUGCGCUUUCAAUAUGGGGAGGGGAGAUUUUUCCUCACAAUACGGAGCGCUCGCUGUUCAAGGACGGGCUCGAGGCGAUCAGCAAGACCAUCUAUGGAGGGGAAAUGAGUGAUCUUCCCGACUGCUGCUAGUCCUAAGAAAAAAGGCAGCCUGUCAUGCGGAUUCGCCUAGAUGGCUCUUUUUGUGAUGCAAAACGCCCACCAAAAAUCAUUCCGGACCGCAUGGAGUGGCGUUGCUUUUGGUGUGCUCUUUGCAUGACAAAUCAGGAGGAAAUAGCAAAUCCGCAUGACAGGCUGCGAUUUUCUUUAGGGGUAGCAGCACUCUCUAAGAUCACUCAUUUGCCCUCUAUGCCAUCCUCAGCUUCCUCUCGACCCCCUUCGACGUCGACGAACGGGCCCGCGAUCUGGCGGCCUAUUCCGAGGAAGCGCGCGCGCGCCUUGCCCCGAUCGUGCACCCGAUCACGCGCGCGCUUCUCCUGUUGCUCCGGGAGAGGUUUGGUGCUGGUUUGACGCCGCGCGGCGGGCAGACGACAGCUUCGCAAUCCGACGAGGGCGGAGUUGCCACUCUGGAAGAGAACGAUAUCGCUUUGCUGAGAGAGCAGCUGGACGAGGAGCUGAAAAUGCUGCAGUCGGGGGAAAUUUUUUACCAGUCCCGGCCGCGCGACGAGCGAUCGGCCGCCGAGCAGCUGUGGGACGAGGACUUCGAGGACGAGGAAGGAAAUAGGCUCCCCAAAGUGGAGGCGACCGUGGCACUGCGCAACGCCGUCGAGUCCGUGCGGCUCGGGACGAGCGCUAGUAGCCAAGAUGAAAAAAUGAAAGAAAAACGACAACUGUUAGCCGCGGAGCUGAUCUUUCUGUACCUGGAACAGGCCGUGUUCAACGACAAAAAUCAGCUGUCCACGUACCCGGUGCAAGCCGCGGCCAGCCCGAUGGACCUCGCGCACUUCGCCCAGGCGACCGUUGGGUACAGUGGCACGCGGCUCAACAAGGAGACCUGGGCCCUCUGUUGGCAGGAGCCCGUGCGUCGGGACACGACUUCCAACGGCCUCCUGGUCACCUACGAGAAUGAGUAUGACACCGCGGACGAUCUGCGCAACAUCCUGAACAACGGGCGCACGACGGUGAUUGUCGACAAGGCUGCGCCCGGCGCGGUCGCUUGGAAGCUGCCCGAUUUGGUGCUAGAACGAGUUUUCGGUGCACUCGAAGGCGUGGACGAGGAUGAUGACCACGCGGCAAAGUACAAAAAAGCAGUAUUAGGAAAAUUGCCCUACUACGAGCGGGAUGCGGUGACCGGGAAGAAACAGAAAAAGUUUGCAAGCGUGGCGGAAAACACUCCGGGACUUGGAAAAGUGGCUCCAGUGAGGGCAGCAGAUUUCAGCGCCGUCAUCGACACAGGUGCGUACUUUGGGGCGCUCGGAAUGAACGUGCUUGAGGUGGCCUGCCGGCUGCUGUACGUUUGGCACAAGUACAACGAGAAAAAAACGUGGAUUGCGUUUUACGUAGACGUGAAGCCGGGGGAAAGCGCCGUUUUCCUUUACGAGUUUCAGAAGCUCUUUCCGCCGGCUGUAUUACAACUCAAUCAAAAUUCAUUGUCCAAGGGAGGUGGGGCGGAACAACAACAAUCGGACUUCCUUGCUCGGCAGUGUGAUGCAAAAAAACUGCCCCCACCGGUACCCGUAAUUGGUUCGCGGCACGUGAAAAUUGCAGAGGCCGCUGGAUUUGCAAGCGUCGAGGAUUUGAAAGUGGCGCUCGUUAACUACUUCGACCAGCCACACACGGUGGGUUCCGAUCUGCCGCACGCGGACGGAAGCCGCGCCCUGCGGCUCGGUGUCACGAACGCCCAGCAAACCGCCCAGGGAGACGCGCGCAUGCGGGGUCUCAUGAAGCUGCCACAGACGCAGUACUUGACCAUCUUCCUGGACGCGGAGUCCGCGCGGCAGAUCUACAAGUUUCGGGACGACCACUACCGUGCGUGUGUUGAAGAAAGAGAAGCAACAAGUAGCGAGAACACCGACAAGGACGGCAGAGCGUGUGCUGCUCUCAAGCGCCACUUUUUUUCAAGCAUCGAGCUUGAGCUGGACAAGGAGAGUAAGGGUGACCCUAAUAGCUUUGGUUUUGUGAACUUCAUGUUAAACAAGUGGAGAGAUGCUGUUGAUUACCAGGCCCGCCACAGCACCUGGUUCGCGGCACGCUCCCUUUUAGUGCGCGAUGUGACGGCGUAUGCCUGGUUUGACGAAGAGGAGGCGGAACGGAAGGAUUUCCCUGCCGCCAUCGGAAUGCAGCUGAAGUCUCUGGGCCGGAUUUUCCUCAAGAAAGUGAGCCGAAUUUUGCGCGACCGAGGCUCGUCCUUUUCUGCCCCCGCAGGAACGAAGAAGCAGGAAUUCUUGAGCAGUAAGGGUCUUCCCUUCGCGUCCCUCCACGUGGCUGUGGCGUUGUACGAGCAGUCGCGGAGGUUCGUGGUCACGCUUGAGAAGGGCUUAUGGGAGGAGCAUGGGCGGCCCACGACAUUUGCCGACGCGCUGAAAGUGGUGCGCAGCGCCGCAAGCUCUUUCGUGCAGAACAUGAAGUGGAACUUUGCCGCCUACAUUCCGGAAAGCCUGCUCCGCGCCCUGGAUCGGGCCGUGAUGAUGUACGUGGAGCACGCGGAGCGGCACGCCGAGAAGCGGCUCCCGGCCAAACUUCCCGUCCCGGUAACGCCACCGGGCGAGGCCACCGGGCAAGGCAGCGAUAUUCCGGGCACGACCGAAGGCGCCGAGACGAGUGCCGAGCAACAGCAGGAGCAAAACCAACAGCAGGAGCAAAACCAACAGCAGGAGCAAGAGCAGGAGCAAGAACAGCAGAUAUCGUGAGGAAAAAUCCCCGUCGCCAAGCCGCGUCUCAACACAACUAGAGUUGCUUCUGUGUGAUUUGGGCACAGGCACACUCACGCGAAUCAUGUUCCAUGUUUGUAAGAAAAUAAAAAUGCGGCGAGACAUUAUUUCUGGCCCAUUCAUUGCAGGGGCACUUUAGUUUCUGUUGCUAGUUACUAGUCUAGUCCUAGGAUAAAGAGAAUUUACAGGCGUCGAGAACUCGUCUGCUGGCAUGCUAGACAAAUAGCGCGCUUCUACUACAAGAGAGAAAGUUUGUAUCCAGGAGGUGGACGUGCGGGCCGGUCGUCCGCCUGUAGUUGUGCAAGAACUUAUUGAAUUUACAAUACCCUGCUGCGCUACUGACUUACCAUCUCUGCAAGUGCAUCAUGAUCGUCCAGCUCGAGAAUAGAACUGUGUAGGGGGGGGGUCUCAGGAGAUUUUCCCUUGUGAUAUUUGCAGGAGAUGGACACGUCGAACGGCGAGAUCAAGCCCAAUCCGACCCACGGGUUUGGCGUAGUCCGGUUCAAGAAUUGCGAGGCCGUGCACGACAUGUGGCGUGA